CUCCUCAGUGAACACGUAGUUCUAAAGCAAGGCGGACGUUCAUGUCAAAAUGAACGAAGAACUUUUGAUAGGUCUAGUCCGCCAAUACCCCGGGCUAUUCGACCCAUUUGACAAAAAGUACCACGACGAAUUAUGGAGAAAUUCAAUAUGGUGUGAAAUAGCGCAUAUUAUGGAAGAGAAUCCUGACACAUGCAGAGCGAGAUGGAAAAGGAUACGCGACAACUUCAGACGCGCGAAAACUCUCAGGAAAACCAAAAUGGCGCAGGGCAGCACGAAAAAUAAGCCGGUCAAAUAUGAGGAAGAGCUGGCGUUCCUCAAUCCGUUGCUAGGAGAAGACACUGUGAGAGGUAGACCCAGGACACCGCUGGGGCUGAUGAUGGAAGACGACGGAGACCAGACCCUGUCGCCGCCAUCCCCUGGCUCCGAAACCAGAAGUAACACAGCCUAUAAAAAAAGAAGAAUGAGCAACGGCCAGUCCUCAAUGCGUACUCUCCUCCAUUCGUACUUCCACAACAGCAGAACCGGCGAGCCGACUGUCGUAGACUUCUUCACAAACCUAGGUAGAACAGUCAACACGUUCCCCGAAGAUGUCCAGAUCAGAAUUAAAUCAGAAGUAUUUAAGAUAAUAAACCACGCGGAGGGUGAAGUGCUUCAAAGGAAGGUGGAAUCUGGCAACUUUGAACAGCCGUCAAAUUUCCCUGUGAUGAUGAUCCCCAAUCAAUCUCCUAACCACGAGGGUACCCAGAACGAGAACUGCUACUCACCAGAAGUGGAAAUAACAGUGGAACCGAAAACGGAAAUAUUGACGGAUGAAAACUGUGAUGAAUCCUCGUGAUUAGGAAGUUUUAAUUAAUUUUAUCGGUAUUAUUACAUAAUAAGUAGGUUAUUUUUAAAUGGAGAACAUUCCUGGACUUUUUGCGUUAAGCCAAACGUUGUGUUUUAUGUUGUUUUCACGUGAAGACUGUUUAAAAUCUCUUUUCAUGUAGUGAAACCAAUAUUUCACAGAAAGUGACUAAGAACUGGUGCUACUUAUGAUAUCAGCAUUUACCUACCCCAUGCAGUGGGAUUUACUUUACACAUUUGUUUUGCACUGUUAAUGUGAUACCUAUUAAUAUCUACCUAAAUACUUAAUUACUUAUGGAGAAAAGAAAUUAUGUGCUAAAAGAUUGCGCUAAAAAUGUCUAUAGCAGAAAGAUAAUUUUCAUGAGUUGUUAUUUACAUGUUAUGUGCCUCUCUACUUCGUUGCAAUGGGCAAUAAACUAGUGAAAUAAAUAAGUAACUAUGUAGGGUAAUUUGAAAAUUACAUAAUAAUUAUGAAACUUGAAGAGCAGUCUUAAUUGUGAUUAAAUUGUGAAGUAGGUUGAAAUAAAUAAUAUUUUUAU